UUAUUUCUUAAUGCAACAUCCAAGUACUCAUUAUACACCUCUUGUCAAGAGAUUUUUAUGGGAUUAAGCAACCAUUGAUUUAGUGUUUUUUUAAUUCAAAUUCAAACAUAUUUAAAUUCGAUAUAACUUCGUUUACCCCAUUAGUUAUUUUACGAUUAAGCUCCUGCCCAGCAACAAGUCCAAAAUGUUUUUCUCCCCAAAUCUGCCCAGCACAAUUUAUGGCCUAGACGCUUUGAUGGUUGCUAACUUGGAAAUCCUUUGGAAGCCCCUGUGGAAACCGAGGAUUCAAAGAGUUGUAUACCCAAUUGACAUUCACUUCUUCAAGCAUACUAGUACUGUCCUCUCCCUCCAGCGAUCGUAACGAAUGUUUUUGGUACUUUUCCAACUUUGCACGUGAGCUGUUUGUAUAAAUGCUUAUGAGGAAACUACGAUCCUAAUAACGUUAUGUGCGUUUUCGCAUAUUGGUUUUAUGAUUACGCUUUCUGGUUACUGAGAAACUGAAAAGGAGAAAAAUAAUGAGACGCCAAGUUGUAAGUUUCACGUUGUAGAAGGUUGAAGAACUCUAAGCCAAGUGAGCUUAGUGGUGCAUUGCAUUAGGCACAUUCCAACGCAGACAUUUUGUUUUAUUGCAUCUUAAUUUGCGUCUUGAGUACACCCACAUGCUGUUUUUGCAUUUUUCAUGGUUUCUGAGAGCUACCCAUAUCUGUUUGUGGGCGUGAAUCAUUGUAGUUACCAUUUUGAAAGCCUGCCUAAAGUCAUUUAGACUUAGGAUUUGACUACCCUUGCUUUCUUGCUGCAAGUGCUGACUGUUUACGGUCUGUGGCAGGAGUUUUAAACUACAAUUGAGAAUGCUAAAGAGCAUGAGUGAAGGUAUUCGAGUAUGAACUAUGAAGGCAGUCACUUGUUGCAAAUUUUGUUUCAGGUCAGGUAUGUAUGUAAUCCACCACUUCGAGCACCCCUCAUUGGUUGGACCACUACAAGAAAUGGCCUUUUGUGAAAAAGAACAUUGCGGCCUUCGCUUCUUGUAUUGCUGUCAAUGAUAUAGUCCUGUACACAGUAUUCAAUGUACGAUUAAAGUUAUCACAAAGUGGCUGUUUUCAUGGACUUGUUUGAAUGAGUUAAGAUAUUUGGAAGUAUGCUUGAACUUGACGUUAGAACAACAUGAUUGUAGGCCGAUGUGUGGAUGGUAGGAAUGAUCACUGAAGCUUUUGUUUUCAUGGGCUUAUUUGAAAGAGAGAAGAUAUUUGAUAUGUUGGAAUUUGAUGUUGGAGCACCGUGAUUAUGGGCUGUUGUGUGGAUGGUGGGAAUGAUGAAAGAAGUUUCUUCCCUCUUCUUUCAAAAGAUACGAUGUUCUGUAGGCUUUAAACCAGAUUAUAAAGACUUUGCAGCCACACUUAAAUCUUGUGCGGCUGUCUCAGACGUCAAAUUGGGAAAAGCUCUUCAUAGUCAUGCUGUUAAACUAGGUCAUUACUCCUGCCAAUUUGUUUCCAAGGCACUGCUUAACAUGUAUGCUAAGUGUAAAGCUUUUGACGAUUGCCAGAAAUUGUUCUAUCAAAUAAACCAUUGUGAUGUAGUCAUGUGGAAUAUUGUCUUAUCUGGGUUUUCUGGGUCUCGAAUUCAUGACACUGAGGUGAUGAGGCUGUUUUAUGCAAUGCAUAUAGGCGAGGACCCUAAGCCCAACUCUAUUAGUAUUGCUAUCAUUCUUCCUGUGUGUGCACGUUCAGGAGCAUUGAGUGUUGGGAAGAGUGUGCACUCUUAUGUUAUAAGAUCUGGAUUGGUAUCGGAAACACUGGUAGGAAAUGCUCUGGUAUCCAUGUAUGCCAAAGCUGCAUGUGUAUGUAACGAUGCAUAUGCUGUUUUCCGAGGAAUGGCGGACAAAGAUGUCGUUACGUGGAAUGCAAUGAUUGCAGGAUUUGCAGAGAAUAAGCUCAUGGAUGAUGCAUUUAAUUUGUUUCGUUUGAUGCUGAAAGGACCAAUACAACCUAAUUAUGCGACAAUUGCGAAUAUUCUGCCUGUCUGUGCUUUUUUAGAGGAGAAUAUGGCAUAUCACACUGGGAAAGAAAUCCAUUCUUAUGUGCUGCGACAGACAGAUUUGAUAGCAGAUCUUUCUGUCAUCAAUGCUCUUAUGAGCUUCUACUUGAAAAUUGGACGAGUCAAAGAAGCGGAAUUCUUGUUCCGGCUGAUGAAUGUGAGAGAUUUGGUUUCAUGGAACUCUAUCAUCGCUGGGUAUGCCUCAAAUGGUGAGUGUUUGAAAGCAUUGGAAUCAUUUCUGAAAUUUCUAUCCAUGGAGAUGACUGGACCAGAUUCUGUCACUCUUGUCAGCAUUCUUCCUGCCUGUGCCUCUUUGUAUUAUUUGCAUGUGGGGAAGCAGAUCCAUGGUUAUAUUAUCCAGCAUCCUGGUCAAUGUGACGAUACAGCAGUUGGGAAUGCCCUAAUAAGUUUUUAUGCAAAAUGUAGUGACAUAGAAUCUGCAUUCCGAACUUUUUUAUUGAUUUACAAGAAAGACUUGAUAUCAUGGAAUGCAAUGCUAGAUGCCUUUGCUGAGAGACAGCUUGAAAUUCGGUUUGUUGAGCUUUUACACUGUAUGUUCAGAGAAGGGAUAAGGCCUGACUCCGUUACCAUGUUAAUUAUGAUUCAAUUUUGUGCUACUGCUUGUAAAGUGAAUAAGGUCAAAGAAGUUCAUGGUUUAUCAAUAAGGUCUGGUCUCUUACACAGUGAUAGUGAACCUACUCUUGGAAAUGCAAUAAUUGAUGCGUAUGCAAAAGGUGGCAACAUGGAGUAUGCAUCAGAGAUUUUUGAGAGUUUAUCAGGAAAGAGGAAUGUGGUCACGUGCAACUCAUUGAUCUCAGGAUAUGUCAGUUAUGGUUCACAUGGUGACGCAGAUAUGAUUUUCAGGAGAAUGUCAGAAAGGGAUCUCACCACUUGGAAUCUGAUGGUUAGAGUUUAUGCUGAAAAUGACUGUCCUGCUCAGGCUCUUAGUCUGUUCCAUGAGUUGCAAAAGCAUGGGGUAAAGCCUGAUGCGAUGACUAUAAUGAGCAUUCUUCCUGUUUGUGCUCAAAUGGCCUCAGCCCAUCUGCUGAGGCAGUGCCAUGGAUAUGUGGUUAGGGCAUGUUUCAAGGAUAUUCAUUUGAAGGGAGCUCUAUUAGAUGUCUAUUCAAAAUGUGGAACUAUUGAGUGUGCAUAUAAGCUCUUCCACUCAACUCCUCAUAAAGAUCUGAUUAUGUUUACAGCAAUGGUUGGAGGGUAUGCUAUGCAUGGCAUGGGAGAAGAAGCUCUCAGGAUUUUCUUUCAUAUGCUUGAAUUGCGUAUAAGGCCAGAUCAUGUUAUAAUAACAGCAGUCUUAUCUGCUUGCAGCCAUGCUGGCCUCGUGGAUGAAGGGUUGAGGAUUUUUUAUUCAAUAGAAGAGAUAUAUGGGAUAAAACCAACCAUGGAGCAAUAUGCUUGUGUGGUGGAUCUCCUUUCUCGAGGAGGCCAAGUCAGAGAUGCAUAUUCUUUUGUAGUUGGAAUGCCCAUUGAAGCUAAUGCUAAUAUAUGGGGAACACUACUGGGUGCUUGUAGAACCCACCAUGAUGUAGAAAUGGGAUGUAUCGUGGCUGAUCACCUUUUUAAGGUCAAAAGUGACGAUAUUGGAAACUACAUUGUUAUGUCAAACUUAUAUGCUUCAAAUUCUAAAUGGGAUGGGGUUCUGGAGAUACGGAAGCUGAUGAGGAUGAGAGAUCUGAAAAAGCCUGCUGGAUGCAGUUGGAUUGAAGUGGAAAGAAGAAAAAAUGUAUUUAUGGCUGGAGAUUAUUCUCACCCGCAAAGAAGCAUUAUUUACAGCAUACUUAGUCUCUUGGAUCAACAAAGCAAAGAGUUAUAUCAGUUCUGAGUGAGGUAACCUGUAACAAUUGGCAUUUCAAGUGUCAUGUAAAGCCCACGUGUGGAAUUUCUUCAGAAACAGCCGUUCAAAAAAGAAUUUUCAAGGGCUCCAAAAGGCAGAAUCGUUGUUUGGAUUUGGCUUGGAGAUGCACCAUUCUACUUGCAGAGUCUUACUGAAUUAGUUGCGGUAGUCCUAUAUAAAAUAGAGAGAACUUUGCUCAAGGUCAACUCAAUGACAUGGUUUCUGCUACUUCAAAUUGCAAAGCAGUACACAUGCUCUCAAAUCAAAUAUAACCUUGAAUUCUGCAAGGUAUAAUGAGCAUGUUUUGAGAUUUUUACAUGAUGCAUUUAUGAAGUAGCUGAAAGUAAGUAGUCAAACAGGUUUUGUUCCGUACCCUUUUGUUUUUAUCAAGACUUGAUUGUUGAAAAAUAUGCUUUUAUGAAUAAUCGUCUAAUUUUUAACACAUGUUGGAUACUAAAGUAUGAGUAUUUCAAAUAAUCAAAUUGUGAGGAUGUAGGUUUGAACACGUAUAACUAUUCCAUGCUUGUCAGUCUAUGCCUUCAAACGUCACCACACAGAAAUGGCCUACAUAAUUGCCUUUAUUUUUGUGUAAAUUUGUUUUGUGGUGAGGGAUGUAAGUGGGUUUCUGAUGGCUUUUAUAUAGUUAAAAGUUGUUGCUUGGUUGACCCCACUUUGAAGUUGAGCUUCAUGAUCGUUUUAGGUAUAAAAUUGGUGCCCUUCCUCUUUUGAAAAAUGCUAAAGGCUAAUUCUAGUCACAGCUCUGCAGCUAGUGGAGCACUCCAGUGAGAUAUCAAUACUUUAAAUACUUUGACUAAUUUCUGUUCUAGGCGAUCUGAUAGAACCACCCCAUCAAGGAGAAUGCCUAGCACAUCCAAGGAUAGUAGGAGAAGAAAGAAGAUGAGACAUCUGCGUGUACCCAUGUGGGUAGGAGGGUUUUGACAUUGAGAUGCAUGAUGUGUUUGGACACAACGGGAGAAAAUGUCAAAGAGCUCCUUUGAGAGAUAGAUGAAGAGGAUUACGGAGAGGCAGAAAGCAAUCAAGUAUACUACUUUUUUAAAGUUCAUUAAUGACGUCUAAUAGCAAAUUUAUUCUGAUGGUGAUUGGUAAAUUUGCCAGAGGAUUGUCAGUGGUUGCCAGUCACAGAACAUUCUGACGUAGAUAGGUAGGGAUGGGGCAGAGGAAGAGGAAGAGGAAGAGGGAGAAGACGUGCAUCAGAUGUUGAAACUUCUAGGUCUCAGACAAGCACUGGUGGUUUAAGUUGAGGAGAGUGGAGAGCUCCUUGAACUUCAAAGUCUCAGGGUAAUACUGAUGCUAUAGAGGUGAGUCGCAACCCUACUUAAUUGACAUGGGAAUGUGUUAUUAACAUUCUCAGUAUUUAUGUGCACAUGGAGUUGAUCUGUGACAAAGGGUCUGGGGACAGGCGAACAAUCUAGGGCAUGUUUUAGAAUUAGGUGGGCUCCUCUAAUCUUACUCAAUCCAAUUCCCACAUUCACUUUUUCAUAUAUACAUUACUGUUUCCUGUUCCAUUUUAUAUACUGUCGAAUUGGAAGUAAAGCAAGCUUCUCUGAAGCUGAAAUUCUUUUUUUUUUUUUUUUUUUUUGUGCCAACCUGAAAGUGGGAAAUGAUACUAUUGCUUUGUGCAUUAUUUAUUAGCCUGACAGAUGAUACUGAUGAAACAGUCGUAGUUUUUUGGUGUGUACAGAAAUUUCUUGUACGGCACAUGUUAGGCUGAGAGGUGAUGAUCAUUGGACGUUGUGUUGAAUCUGAGAUUUUCGGUUGUGCACAAACAUCCUGCUCACUGGAAGUGUUUUUUAAUAUGAAUUCUGCAGAUGUUUUUUGUUGUACUGUUAGGCAAUGAGAUGAAGGUGUAUACUGCUUCCA